AUGGCGCGUACUUCACUCUUCCGGAUCAGCUCUGCUUUCAACGCUUUCCUCCUGACUUGCAUCAUCCUCAAGCAUGUUGCGUUGGGUGUCGCCCGUUGUACAAUGCGUCAUGCUUGCAUGGUCGUCCUCAUGCCCUUCAUGUUCUUCCACAUUGCCAUCAUUGAAGGCUGA